AUGACGAAAAAGCUCAUUAUCAUCCUUGGAAUUACGGGAACGCAGGGAGGCUCCGUCGCUAAGCGGUUCCUCACGCACGCCGACUGGCAGGUGCGAGGCCUUACGAGAAACCCCGAUUCGCCCAAGGCGAAAGCGUGGGUCAGUAGAGGGGUGGAGAUCGUCAAAGGUGACCACGACGAUGUAGAAUCACUGAAGUCUGCCUUUAAAGGCGCACAUGCCAUCUUUGCCGUCACUGAUUGGGCUGCCAAUUACUUCCGGGUCCAUGAGGACAAGAUCCUGCAGGAAGAGGCAAAGGCGGCCGGGAGGUCAAUCGAGGAAUACGCUGGCGACUUGGAAAAAGCCCAAGGCAUCAAUGUGGCAAAGGCAGCAUCUGACCCAUACGUCCUAUCCACACUGAAAAAUUUUGUAUUCUCCACACUGGCUGCGGUGCAGAGAAUCAGCGGCGGAAAGUACAAGCAUGCUUACGAAUUUGACUCCAAGGCUGGCGCUGAGAGUUACAUCCGGGAAGAACUGCCAGAGCUGGGCGCUCGGCUGAGCACCGUCACCCUGGGCAUCUUCCAGGAGACUUGGAGGGACAUUUCCGCGUUCAGGCCGCACAAGCUAUCAGACGGCACAUUCGAGUACGUGCGUCUCAAAGUGCCAGGCUCCCAUGAAGCGAACCCCGAGGUGGUAGCGACCCGAGACACUGGCGCAUUUGUUGAGGCGCUGGUGCUUCACCAUCCAGUCGGAACAGACGUCCUAGGCGCCAGUGAGAUCAUCACCAAGCCGGAUUACGCAUCGCUCUGGGGGCGCACACUGGGGGUCAAGACGACAGUGCGAGAUGUCUCGGAAGAGGAAUACGUAAAGUACAUCCCAGAGGGAAUGGAAGCCACCAUAGUAGACGAUCUCAAGUUCUUCGCCGAGUAUGGAUACGCCGGUGGAAACCCCAGAGUUAAGACUCCAGAGGAGUUAGGCAUCGAGACGACCUCUUUGGAAGAAUUCUUUCGAGGAGAAGAUUGGAGUGCAGUAUUAAAAGGAGAGAUCUGA